UGUUCAUUUUCAUCUUUAUAAAUCUGCCGAAUUAUUUUUGUCUUGAUCCAAAAUAUCACAUUCCUUUAGUAAAUCCCAUUUGCUUUUAAGUGGUGUAAAAAGUAUUGAGCUUCCCAUCAUAUAGGCUCAAAAAUAAUGUCUCUCAAGUUUCUCAAACCUCUGUUUGAUUCUUUUCCAUGGCAUUUGCAGAAACAAAAUAUGGAGCAAAAUGGUGUCUUUUUCUCCUAUAUUCUUGGAAUUAUAGCUUUACUAUGGUUUGUUUGGAUUUUCAUCAAUAAGUCAAAGAAGGAACAACCCCCAUUGCCACCAGGGCCUAAAGCUUUGCCUUUAGUAGGUAAUCUCCUCUCUCUUGAUCCUGAACUUCACACCUAUUUUGCUUCUCUUUCCCAAAUUUAUGGCCCCAUUUGUAGACUAUGGCUUGGUAAAAAAGUUGGGAUUAUUAUUACUUCUCCUGCUUUAGCUCGUGAGAUUCUUAAGGAUCAAGAUACAAUUUUUGCUAAUAGAGAUGUGCCUGGUGCUGGUAGAGAAGCUACAUAUGGUGGUAAAGAUAUAGUUUGGACUCCUUAUGGACCAAAAUGGCGUAUGUUGAGGAAAGUUUGUGUUCGUGAUAUGCUUAGUGGUUCUACUUUAGAUUCUGUUUAUGAACUAAGAAGAGAAGAGCUUAGAAAGACAAUUAAUUACCUUUAUAAUCAGAAGGGUGUAGCAGUAAAUAUUGGUGAACAGAUGUUUUUGACUGUGCUUAAUGUGAUUACAAGUAUGUUAUGGGGUGGUACAGUAAAGGGAGAGGAAAGAUCUAGUCUUGGUGCAGAGUUUAGGCUUGUUGUGACUGAGAUGACUGAGUUGUUAGGUACUCCGAAUGUGUCCGAUUUUUAUCCGGGCUUGGCUAGGUUUGAUUUGCAAGGUGUAACAAAGAAGAUGAAGGUGUUGGUAAAGAGAUUUGAUAGGAUAUUUGAGACUAUGAUUGAUCAAAGACAGAAAAUGGAUAGAAAUGGUGGGAUAGGAAGUGGUGUUGGCCAAGAAAGCAAGGAUUUUUUGCAAGUUUUGCUCAAGUUGAAAGAUGAAGCAGAUGCUAAAAUGCCUCUUACCAUGACUGAACUCAAAGCCUUACUCAUGGAUAUGGUUGUUGGUGGAACUGACACAACCUCCAGCACGGUUGAGUUUGCCAUGACUGAAAUUAUGAACAAACCAGAGGUACUGAGGAAAUUACAGCAGGAACUAGAGACGGUUGUGGGCAAAGAUAAUAUAGUGGAAGAGUCUCAUAUUCAGCAUUUACCGUAUCUCUAUGCAGUUAUGAAAGAAGCCUUGCGCAUGCAUCCAGCUCUCCCACUCUUGGUGCCUCAUUGUCCUAGUGAGACAGUCACUGUCGGAGGAUAUACUGUUCCUAAAGGAGCUCGCGUUUUCAUAAAUGUAUGGGCUAUACAGAGAGAUCCCUCUCUCUGGGAAAAUCCAACUGAGUUCCUUCCGGAGAGAUUUUUGGACAAUAAUUGGGACUAUAGUGGAAAUGAUUUCAACUAUUUUCCAUUUGGUUCUGGCAGGAGAAUUUGUGCGGGGAUAGCUAUGGCAGAGAGAAUGUUCAUGUAUUCACUGGCUUCACUCAUUCAUUCUUUCGACUGGAAGUUGCCUGAAGGAGAGAAAUUAGACCUUGAAGAGAAGUUUGGGAUUGUUUUUAAGAAGAAAAUACCUCUGGUGGCUAUACCUACUCCAAGAUUAUCCAAUCCAACACUCUAUGAGUAAGAUAAAAGAUGCAUCUCUAUGUUGGCAAUGGUCUUAUGAACAACUCAAAGUUCUAAUGUUCAAUGUGAAAUGGCUAAUUCCAUGACUCCUUUAGUAUUAUAUACUGAAUUGAAUUUGAGAUAUCAAUACAUGUAUCAUUUUAUUUGGAGUACAUAAUUGAUUUCAUACCGUUCCUUGUUUA